AUGGUAUCGGGCAAUGUGCAUGGUAUCGGGCAGCGUGGUGUGGGGCUGCUGUCCUGCCCGUGGGGCUGCGGUUCCAGCUCCGCUUCCUUGCAGGCCCUGAAGUACUCCUUCCAGACCCACGACCGCCUCUGCUUCGUCAUGGAGUACGCCAAUGGGGGCGAGCUCUUCUUCCACCUGUCCCGGGAGCGUGUGUUCUCUGAGGACCGGGCCCGCUUCUAUGGCGCCGAGAUCGUGUCAGCCCUGGACUACCUGCAUUCGGAGAAGAAUGUGGUGUACCGGGACCUCAAGCUGGAGAACCUCAUGCUGGACAAGGACGGGCACAUUAAGAUCACAGACUUUGGGCUGUGCAAGGAGGGGAUCAAGGACGGCGCCACCAUGAAGACCUUCUGCGGCACACCUGAGUACCUGGCCCCCGAGGUGCUGGAGGACAAUGACUACGGCCGUGCGGUGGACUGGUGGGGGCUGGGCGUGGUCAUGUAUGAGAUGAUGUGCGGCCGCCUGCCCUUCUACAACCAGGACCACGAGAAGCUUUUUGAGCUCAUCCUCAUGGAAGAGAUCCGCUUCCCGCGCACGCUUGGUCCUGAGGCCAAGUCCUUGCUCUCAGGGCUGCUCAAGAAGGACCCCAAGCAGAGGCUUGGCGGGGGCUCUGAGGACGCCAAGGAGAUCAUGCAGCAUCGCUUCUUUGCCGGCAUCGUGUGGCAGCACGUGUAUGAGAAGAAGCUCAGCCCACCCUUCAAGCCCCAGGUCACAUCGGAGACCGACACCAGGUAUUUUGAUGAGGAGUUCACGGCCCAGAUGAUCACCAUCACACCACCUGACCAAGACGACAGCAUGGAGUGCGUGGACAGCGAGCGCAGGCCCCACUUCCCCCAGUUCUCCUACUCGGCCAGCGGCACGGCCUGAGCUGGCAGUGGACUGCGCUGGACAACAGCUUGGAGGGAUGGAGAGGCGGCCUCGUGCCAUGAUCUGUAUUUAAUGGUUUUUAUUUCUCGGGUGCAUUUGAGAGAAGCCACGCCGUCCUCCGAGCGCAGAUGGAAAGACGUUUUGGUGCUGUGGGCAGCACCCUCCCCCGCAGCGGGGUAGGGAAGAAAAUUGUCCUGCGGGUUUUAAUUUAUUUCAUCCAGUUUGUUCUCUGGACGUGGCCUCAGCCCUCAGAACAAUCCGAUUCACGUAGGGAAAUGUUAAGGACUUCUGCAGCUAUGCGCAAUAUGGCGUUGGGGGUCGGGCAGGUCCUGCCGCUGCGUCCCCUCACUCUGUCAGCCAGCGCCCUGGGCUGUCACCAGCUGUCUUUCAUCUCUCUGGGGCCCUGGGCCUCAGUUCAACCUUGUGGCACCAGAUGCAACCUCACUAUGGCAUGCUGGCCGGCACCCUCUCCUGAGGGUGGCAGGCACACGGCAGCCCCCAGCACUAAGGCUGUGUCUCUGAGGACAUCAUCAGGCUGGGCCCCUGGGAUGGGACCAGGGAUGGGGGAUGGGCCAGGGUUUACCCAGUGGGACAGAGGAGAAGGUUUAAAUUUGUUAUUGUGUAUUAUGUUGUUCAAAUGCAUUUGGGGGGUUUUAAAAAAUCUUUGUGACAGGAAAGCCCUCCCGCUUCCCCUUCUGUGUCAUGGUUCUUGGUGACUGUCCCACCGGGAGCCUCCCCCUCAGAUGAUCUCUCCACGGUAGCACUUGACCUUUUCGAUGCUCAACCUUUCCGCUGUCGCCCCAGGCCCUCCCUGACUCGCUGUGGGGGUGGCCGUCCCUGGGCCCCUCCACGCCCUCCUGGCCAGAUGCUGCCGCUGCUGCUGCACCACGGCGUUUUUUUACAACAUUAAACUUUAGUAUUUUUACUAUUAUAAUAUGAAACUUUCCCUCCAAAUUCUUCAAUAAAAGUUGCUUUUCAA